UAGUUUUAGCAUUCAUUGUCAUUGUGGAUAGCAGUUAGUUGUUGAAAGUAUUUAUUGCAUGUAACAUGAUUUAGAAUAGACCAAUCGGAUAUUUAGGAUUUUCUAGCCUCUAUAUAUAGACACCGGUGAUGGCUGUAAAUUCAAUAUCAGUGUGUAGUUCACUCAGUUCGAGGUUGAUACUGACGUUAAAGAUGGGUCGUGUUGGUUUUAUGAGAGUGAGUGUCUUGACUUUGCUUUGUCUUCAUGUUCUUGUAGUGAGUCAUGUAGUUUUUGCUAGGGAUGUGAGGGCUGAUGGUGUUGAGGAAGAAAAGAACUUGAGUGUUGGCAAGGGAGGUGGUUUUGGUGGAGGAUUUGGAGGUGGUAGUGGAGGCGGAUUUGGAGGUGGUUUUGGGGGUGGAGGGGGAAUCAGUGGCGGAUUUGGAGGUGGAGGUGGAGGAGGUGGUGGAAGCGGUGGCGGAUUUGGAGGGGGAAGUGGUGGUGGAUUUGGAGGUGGAAGUGGUGGAGGAUUUGGUGGUGGCACUGGAAAGGGUGGAGGGAUUGGGGGUGGAGAAGGUGGUGGUGUGGGUGGAGGAAUUGGUAAGGGUGGUGGUGUAGGUGGAGGAAUAGGUAAAGGUGGCGGUGUAGGUGGAGGAAUAGGAAAAGGUGGCGGUGUAGGUGGAGGAGUUGGUAAGGGUGGCGGUGUAGGUGGAGGAGUUGGUAAGGGUGGGGGACUUGGGGGUGGUGUAGGAGGAGGUAUCGGAAAAGGUGGUGGUGGAGGAGUCGGGGGCGGAACAGGGAAAGGUGGAGGAGUUGGUGGUGGCAUUGGAGGAGGAGGCGGGAAAGGUGGUGGCAUUGGAGGAGGCGGUGGAAAAGGUGGUGGUAUUGGAGGAGGAGUGGGUGGUGGGCAUGGAAAGGGUGGUGGUUUAGGUGGUGGUAUUGGUAAAGGAGGAGGUAGCGGAGGAGGGUUUGGUAAAGGUGGUGGUGGUGGAGGAGGUAGUGGCAAGGGUGGUGGUGUUGGUGGAGGAUAUGGCAAGGGUGGUGGUGUAGGUGGAGGGACCGGAAAAGGAGGUGCCAUUGGCGGAGGGAUUGGAAAAGGUGGUGGUGUAGGGGGAGGUGUUGGCGGAGGGAGUGGAAAAGGAGGUGGUGUUGGUGGAGGGAUUGGAAAAGGAGGUGGUGUUGGGGGAGGGAUUGGAAAAGGAGGUGGUGUUGGUGGAGGGAUUGGAAAAGGUGGUGGUCUUGGUGGAGGUGCUGGCGGAGGAGGUGGCAUUGGAGGUGGUAUUGGUAAAGGUGGAGGGAUUGGCGGGGGCACAGGCAAUGGUGGGGGAGCUGGUGGAGGAUUUGGUAAGGGUGGUGGUUUUGGAGGAGGUGUAGGCAAAGGUGGCGGCAUUGGGGGUGGAGGAGGUUUCGGUAAAGGUGGUGGAAUUGGAGGAGGAAUAGGCGGAGGUGCAGGAGGUGGCUUUGGGGGUGGUUUUGGUGGCGGUGCAGGUGGUGGUGGUGGUGGAGGCGGUGCAGGUGGUGGCGGCGGAGGCAUUGGCGGACACAACUGAUAAAUAUUAGUUCCUGUUGCAUGGCUCUGAGAUGCUAGAAAAACAAGUGCAUGUGUUUCUGAUGAAAUCAAAUAUCUAAGGAGUCUCACUAGUGAAAUAUGAGUGCUAUCUGUCUCAGUUGUAUUGCUAGCUUCUGUUAUUAACAUCUGCAAUAAAGUCUAGACAAAAAUGUACUUAGUGAUAUGGAAGCUUUUGUAUCGAAACUUUUACAUUGGAGAUAGGACCUAUAUAAUGAGACUCGUAAUUAAUUAA